AUGAACAGAGGGCAUCGCAAGGAGGACGUCGAGAAGGCAUAUCAGAUCCAGUCCAGGGCCGGCGCCAUCGGCUUUGCGCAGUACGGCGCGGUAGGACUCGGGCUCGCCUCCAUCGGGCACCAUUUUUGGCCGUCAUUCAGGCGACAGACACUGCCCUUCAAAGCGUUCCUCGUCACGAUAGUUUCGGUCUUCGGCCUCUGCAUCCGCGCAGAGAACGCGCUUCAGACGUACGAGCAGGACCAACGUCUGCACGAAAGCGCCCUCCGACGCGAAGCCCGCAUGGACCUCGCGCGACGCGGGCUCGUCGCGACCGAGACAGAAAUCGCGAAGUGGAAGACGGAGCGCUCACAAAUACUCGCAGCAGAGGCGGAAGCA